AUGGCCAAGAUUUCACAAAUUGUUCCAAGGUUGAAUAUGAAAGUAGCAUUUAUAACUGGUGGAGCUCAGGGGAUUGGAGAAACAACAGCAAGGUUAUUCGUCAAGCACGGAGCCAAGGUCGUAAUUGCUGACAUCCAAGAUGACUUGGGCCAAACUGUGUGUGAAGAUAUCGGUCUUGACAAGGCUUUAUUUGUUCAUUGCGACGUUACUAUUGAAUCAGAUGUUGAAAAUGCCAUCAACGUAACCCUUAUGAAAUAUGGCAAGUUAGACAUAAUGAUUAAUAAUGCAGCCAUCGUAGAUGAUGGAAAGCUCAAUAUUCUUGACAAUGAUAAGUUAAGUUUUGAACGUGUCAUGAGUGUCAAUGUAACCGGUGUGUUCCUUGGAACCAAACACGCAGCUCGAGCCAUGAUCCCGGCUCGUAGUGGAAGCAUCAUAAUGUUGGGAAGUGUAUCUGGGAGCAUUGGAGGGAUCAUUUCUCAUGCUUAUUCAAGUUCAAAGCAUGCACUUGUCGGGCUUACUAAGAACAUUGCAGCCGAGCUUGGCCAAUAUGGGAUUCGCGUUAAUUGCUUAUCACCACAUUUUAUACCUUCCCCAAUGGCUAAAAAUUACAUAAAUGAUCAUCCGGACAAAUACACAAAAGUAUAUUCUAACCUCAAAGGGGUUACUCUUGCCAACAAUGAUGUGGCGGAAGCUGCCCUAUUUCUAGCCAGUGACGAAUCCAGGUAUAUGAGUGGACAUAAUCUAGUGCUUGAUGGAGGAUUUACGGUCAUAAAUCCGGUUUUUGGACUAUUUGCACGAGCUACUCCUAACGAGUAGUAUAGUAGUCAAUUCUGAUGGCAUCCAUCCCCGGCAUAUUUCUAUUGUUCAAUAUUACAAUUUGCAGCACUUUUGUAUUAAAUAAG